CUAAAUAAAUAUGUUCGAAGGUUGAUUACGUCAUAUGAAUUGUUCUCUGGCUUUCUUCCAUUACAAUUUUUGUAAUGAUUACAAGUGUAGAUUAGAUCUGUAUGUUUUAUUGAAUAUUUCGUGUUUAAUUUAUGUGGAUUUUAGUUGAAAGUAAAAGUUAUGAAAAUUUGGACUUCAGAGCACACGUUCAAUCACCCAUGGGAAACAGUGGCCCAGGCUGCAUGGAGGAAGUACCCGAACCCCAUGAACACAGCCGUCAUUGGGACGGAUGUAGUUGACAGGAGAGUCGUUGAUGGUAUCCUGCACACACACCGCCUGGUCAGCUCCAAGUGGGGCUUCCCACGCUGGGCACAGUCGCUUGUGGGGUCAACUAACAUAUGCUAUGCCAGCGAGCGGUCGGAGGUGGAUCCCAAAUCUAGACAGAUGAUAAUGAAGACAAGGAAUCUGACGUUCUGCAGCUUCAUCGCGGUGGACGAGACGGUGAGCUACCAGUGCCACCCGCAGGACCCGGCCAAGACGCUCCUGAAGCAGGAGGCGGUGGUCAUGGUCCAGGGCGUGCCCCUCAACAACUACAUGGAGGACAUGCUCGCCAGCAAGAUAUCGCUCAACGCGGGCAAGGGCCGGCAAGCUAUUGAGUGGGUCAUCGGCAAAAUAGACGCAGAGAUGAAAGAACUAGCAAGCAGUGCUGCGAAGAGCACGGACGAGCUCAUAACGCAGACAAAAAAAUCGCUGGACGACAUCACCACAUCAGCACGCAAAUCCAUGGACGAAAUCUCUUCUGCUGCAAAAAAGUCUCUUGAUGACCUUUCUUCCUUCAAACCUCGGACAAACCAAAACAUACCAAAAUUUUAGCAGUAUACAAUAUUUGUAUGAAGAGAGAUGUGCUGUUUUUCAACUACAGUAUGUGUAAAUGUCAAGUGGUGGUCACUUAAGCUUCUGUGAUGCUCGCACAUGGUUCAAGUUUUAUUGCUAUAUAUUUAUUCAAUAGACGUUAUAUAGUUUGUGCUUUUAGUGGACAUUGCUGUUAUGAUUUACGUGAAGAUGGGUUUAGAUAGCUUAAGUAUUUUGUUAGCUAUUUUUUUGGCAUAAAAUUUUAUUGUAAAUUAUACACGAAAGAAAGCAGAGUAAAUUUUUUGAAAAUCA